AUGAAGAGGAAGGGUAGUGCCGCUACUGAUUUGAGGAUUUUCAUGGCAAGGGCUGCUGCAAAGAAGAGACAACCUGAACCGGAGAAUGUUAAUCAAUCUUGCAAUUUAAGCCAAAUGCAACUAGUGUUAUUCCAAGGGCAGAGUGGUAGUAAAACAAGCACGGUACCACAUGAACCAGUGAGAUCCAACCAGCCUCCAGAGAACGGUACAACAGAAGAUGGUGAAUCCAUACCUGUGGAAGACAAUGAUUCUAGUGAUGAAGACAAGAAUGAUUAUGGCAUUGAGCAUGAUCCUGGAUUGAGGGCUCCGAUCUCAAGCUAUGAUGUCAAUGACCAAGAUUCAGUUAGAAGGGCAUACAUUGCAUUGGGGCCAUGUCAACCAAAGAUGAAGAGGGAUGCUUUUCCGCAACAUGAUUGUGGAGGUAUGCGCCGCUUCCAACAUAAGUGGUUUGCUGAAUUUAAGUGGAUUGAGUACAGUGUGGAUAAAGAUGCUGCAUUUUGCUUUGUUUGCUAUUUGUUCAAAGAUAGCUGCAAAUUUCCUGGUGGAGAUGCUUUUGUUGUUGAAGGGUUUAGAAAUUGGAAUAUGAAAAGGAGAAUUCAUAGGCAUGUUGGUGGUAUCGAUAGUGCUCAUAGUGAAGCUGAAGAGAAAUAUAGAUUGUUCACGAGACCUAAGGCAUCAAUCCGUGAAUCUGUUGCAUCAAACACUGCACAAUUCAAGGCUAAGUAUCUAGCUCGCUUGAUAUGGUCACUUAAGUGCAUAAGAUUUCUGUUGCGUCAAGGGUUGGCUUUUAGGGGUCAUGAUGAAACAAAGGAUUCACUCAACAAGGGGAAUUUUCGGGAAAUUUUAGCAUGGCUAGCAGGAAACUUUGAAGAGGUUAAUCUGGUGGUACUAGAGAAUGCACCACAAACUGUCAGAUGA